AUGCCUAAAUCAGAAGCCACGGAGGCCACAGGCUCGAAGAGCGGGCCAGACUUACUGGAGGGCGGUAAUAAUCCGCUUUUCUUCAAUUGCCACGAGUUUCUUGUGACAAAGUAUCGCGAGCUGGGAGAAGAGGUGGUGCGGGAGCACACGGAGGAUGAAGCGCUGUGCAUUACACACUUCCCCAACAUAUACUGUCCGCAGGGCUCGGUGGAGUUCGACAGAACGCGCAUUGUGCGUCUGCCGCGGCGGUUCGAGGAGUCCAUGCACUACCCCAGCUUCAGCACCGAGCUGCCGGGGCACGAACCUGCCGCGCUGCAGCGGGAGGAUGAGGCGCGGUUUACGCCCGCGGGGUUCCACGACGGGCAUGUGUUCGGGCGCUCGUCGCUGAGCCCGCUGUCGAACUACGUGAGCCCCGAGGAGUGCCGCGACGUCGUGCGGGCGAUCAACGGCUAUCUGAAGGAAGCAUACCGCGUGCAAGGCACACAGAACAUACUUUUCAAUGCUCUGGACGUGUUGACCUUCUACACGGUCAGCCUGCUGCUGUCAUACUUCCGGCGCCGUACGCAGUUGGAACAGCUCGAGGAUUAUGUGGAGGAGGUCAACGAGCGCUUCUUCGAGAAAAGGGGGAUCCGCAUUAUUUCGCCUCGCCGCUCCGCGUACCUUUCGCUGGAUAUCCAGAUACCCCGGCCAGUGCCGCCCGCGGCUCGUUCGUGA